UGUACGGUAUGUCGGAUUACAUGUGAUAAUGGAUAGCUGGGAGGAAAUAGAGACGAGAGCGCAAGCUUCUUUGGCGUACGUCCAAGUGGCAUUGCGGAAGGCUACGGAUAAAAACACCGUUGAUGCAAAGAAUUUGAAGGAGCUGGAGAUCAUCCUAGAAAAGCGCGUGCUGCCACGGAUGAUAUCAAUCUCAAAGUUUAUGCACGAAUAUGAUCUAGAUGCUAGCACUCCGGGAAAUGGAUACCGAUCUCUUGUCGCCGUUACUCUGAAAUAUAUCCGGAAGGUGCAGAAAGUAAUGGACUACGUAGUAACUAGCAGGAUGGCUCUGAAGAUCCAUCCUACUCGCAUCCUACCGGUUAUUAAUCGACUUCUCACCUGUCAAGGGGAGAUUCUGGAUAUGGCAAUCGAAUGCCACACUCACAGCGGGCCAGACAAGCGCCUUAUACUCAGCGAUUUCGAGGGAGACCUGUUAGUACGCUUUCGGAAUAUGGAUAAAAAACCGUUUUACGGGUCUAUGAAUGCCGUGCAGUUUGAUGGCGCACUCAGGGCAAUUUUCGAGUUUAUGCUUAGAUUCACUGCCUCGUACAGCGCGAACCGUGGGGUCUUCAACAGAGAUGUACCUUUGCUUACCGGGCUGACUACAAUGAUGAGUGUUCCAUUGUUCGCCGCUGAUUCUGAAAGGCGAGCAGCACAGUGUGUUUAUCAGUUCGAGUCACACAACACAAGUUUUUUGCAGAGCUUCUGGAAUAUGACUGAAAGCUUCUUGACUAAUGGAGCGGUCAAUGUUGCAGCACCAUAUGUUGGUGAAAGCCGACGGUUGCUGCUUUCCUGCCGAGAAUUCACCCUCAAAUAUUCGAAGCCCGCUAUCAAAAAAAAUUCACCUCUGGAAUCCACAAAUGUAAAAUCUGGCGACCAUCCCAUUCUUGAAUAUGUGCCGGACUCAGUGGAAGUCGCAGGUGACGAUGACGCGAAUAUGGAAGUGAUCAACAUCCCUGUGCCAGCCAACAGAUCCGUGCCCUUGCGGAUUAUUCGGUCGACUCCCUCCCAUAACAAAUUUGCGACAAAGUUCAGGAAUAAGCUGAAGUCCAAAGUUGGGAAAGUGCCGGUGAUCUGGUCCAAAGGGAUGCGGCCACCUACUGAGUGCGAAGAAGUUGAGACUUUAGCUGGAACUCUCAACGAAGAACCCGGCGUGAAAAGCAUUUUGUUUCACAUACACGGAGGAGGGUUUGUGGCUCAAACAAGCCGUUCUCACCAAGUAUACUUGAAGCGAUGGGCGAAAGAGCUGAAUAUCAUGAUCAUCAGCAUCGACUACUCGUUGGCCCCUCAAAAUCCAUUUCCCUCGGCUUUGGACGAGUGUUUUUACGCAUACUCUUGGAUCAUAUCACACGCCGAGAAAAUGGGAUAUUCCGCUGGUCAAAUCUGCCUUUCCGGGGACAGCGCUGGUGGCAAUCUGGUUGUGGCACUGGGUUUGAAAAUAGUUAAGGAGGGACUACCUGCUCCUUUUGCAAUCCAGGCUAAUUAUCCAGCUCUCUGUGUACGAAUGUAUCCCUCGCCGGCUCGUCUGCUAAGUGCAAGUGAUAUAUUAUUGCCGCUCGGUAUACUGGAGGACUGUCUCGACGCGUACACUCCAGGUGGGGGUGUCGGCAGUGGCGUUGGACGUGUGGUUGUGGAUACUGUCGAUCCCCUUUUGUCACCGUGGCACGCCGAUGACGAGCUUCUGAGCAAACUUCCUCCAAUCUAUAUAGUUUCGGGGAACUACGACCCGCUACUCGACGACGCUGUUGAUUUCGCUCGGAAGCUUCGCAACGCUGGGGGUGAAGUUAAAAUGACUAUUGUGGACAAGGCCGCACAUGGGUUUCUCCAAUUUGUGGACAUCGGGGGCUCGCACUCGAAAGAGGCGCAAACGAAGGUGCUGGAGGAUCUAAAAGAGAUGUUCUCACGUUGCAGCGACGCACAAAGCAGGGGUCUGCACCCCAAAGUCAGCCAACGCGAGUAUGAACUCGGGUGGGUAGAUAAGGAACUGCCUUGAGAUAUAUGGCCUGAGUACUGUUAGCCUGCUUCUGUGGUGGAAUGGGCUAUUAUACUCCCGCUUACCAUCUAAUGGCAUAAUAGCACGGCGAUAUGCCACUUGCCAUAUGCCGCGUAGUCGUCACGUUGGUUCAAUGAUAGUUCACGAUCACGAACCUGCGUCUCGAAGUGCCUCAAUGUACUCGAGAUUUAGUAAGUCUGAGUAUUCGGACUUCCGCAAUUCUAUCGUAGAAGUAUAUGUUCGAUGGCGUAUGAUCCAAUGUCUCGAUAUGUACAUCAGCUGAAUCUGAAAAAUUGAAAUGAAGAAUUUCAGAAAUUGCCAAGAACUGACAUGGGCCGGAACAGGCAAAGAAAUUUGGAGGCUUGAAGUACCUGCACGCGAUAUAGAAUGAAACGGCAUGACUGUUUGCCCAAUACUUACCCAAACUUUUGAUGAAUAGUUCAAACGUCUCAGGAUUCCGGAUAGUGCACGAUAUAAUACCGUAACAACUAGAUUUUCGUAAUAAAACCGAGAUGACUCGCACCAACGGCUCAAUUAUCACCGGAUCAAACACCACAUCAGCAGCUAGGAACAAAUCGGCGUCUGCUCGGAU